AUGGUCAAAUUUUUUUUCAUUGACGAUAAUUAUGAAAGGAAAGAAAAUAAAAAUUCCAAGAAUUAUCCAGAUUUGGCAAUCGGUAGCAAAUUCUGUGACUGCGCUAAGCAAUCGCCAGGAUGGCACCCUUUACAGAAAAUCAUGAGGAUUGUUCAGUGCUCUGACAACGGCAACGUAGCAGCUGCAAACAAAAACGGGCUAACAUCGCAUAGAAAUACUGACAAUAGAAGCUGGCAUAUUUUGAACAACACGACUGAACUUCAAAAUACCGAUAUAAGUCACGACAGUCAUAAUUUCAAUUGCAACAACAUUUACAACUUAAUAAACAAUAAAGACAUCACAGACGCUAAAACGCUGCCAAGUCCUGAAGAGCUACGUCACACCUCUGACGUCACUGUCGAGACGGGAGUAUGUAACAGACAGUACAGAAUCAAUAAUCAAAGCAAUAAGUUCAGAAGUUCAAAUAAGAAAUCUAAAAUUGCAAAAGUGGACGGCAAUCAAGAAAAUAUUUCAAAAGAUUGUGAAAGUUUUGCCGUUCCUACAAAUGUAUAUACUGAUACAACACCAGUUGAAGAAAACCAAGCUUUGGAACAAUCAGAGACAGAUGAGAUGUCUGAAAACGUUUUACACCCUGUACCAAGAGGCAUUGUAAACCCUAAUUAUCCUGGCUUCCAACAUUUAGCGCAUACUUUACAGGAUUAUUCUUCAAACAUAGAAGCAUUUUACCAAUCAGAAAAUGAAAUGACAGACGAUGAUUUGGAAGUUGACACAGUUGAGGAAAGUUAUCAAUUCGAAGAAACUAAGAAAGACAUUAACUUUAAUAACAAUAAUAGCGUUGAUUUCAAUAAAAAAGAAAAUAAGUCUAUAAGCGAUUUUAAAACGAAAACUAAAGAAACACCAAACGAUAUUCCAGAUCUUUUAAAGACUAUAUCUAAUAAUAAUAACAAUGAAACUACGAGCUAUGAUUGCUCGUGUACCGAUAUUGAAAAUAAUUUUCAUACAAAAGAUAUAAUUGGAGAUUUCAAUAAGGAAAUUGAAGAUGAAAUAAAACAACUCCUUAACUACAAUAUUAAUAUUCAAGACGAUCUUGAAGAGUUAAGAAAAGAUAUCAAAGAUACUUUUGCGAAACCGAUAGAAAAUACAAUAAAUAAUAUCAGUGAUGUUGUAAAUCAUGUCAUAAAAAAACUUGUGGAAACACAAUAUGAUUCUGGCGAAAAUAAUGACCAUUAUGUGACUUCUGCUAUAAAUAAUAAGCAAGAAACCGAAGAACUUAGUGAUAUAAAUAAAGAUAAUGAAACAAAUACAAGAACUGAAAUGAAUUUAAGCAGGCCUACAUUUUUAUUAAUAGAUAAUCAUCCCAAUAAUAAAAUAAAAGAUGCCAUUUUAUCUGACGGUAAAGACGAUAUCAAUAUUUACGAAAACGAGUAUGACACAGAAGCAUUAAGUCACAAUGUAGAAAAUACUAUAAAACAGUUAAGUACAGAAUUAAGGAAAAUAAUACCAAAAUUAAAUGAAAUGCGUGAACGCGAUCGAAUGUGGAAGGGAAACGUAAAGGAAUGUUCGAAACUUACAGAUACAAAUUCUAACGAAAUAAACAAUUUAACCGACUAUUCGGAUUUGAGCAAAAUGUCAAAUCCUUUAUGCCAUAUAAAUAAUAUAAGACAUAACCAACAGGAAUUUUAUUCUACGAAUAAAUUUAGGAAAAACUCCACUUUUCAAAGUGUACAGAGGCCACUUGACGACCGACAUGCAGCUUCUGCAAUAAAGUCACCAGAUCCUAAAAAUGCGACAUCCGUCCGUAAACAUGACAGCGCGAAGGAGUACGAUUUAGGAAGUUUCGAUGUGUACAACAUAGAAACUGCACUACCCAAAAUAGAUUUAGAUGUGAUAGAAAAUCAUUUAAAAGCCGCAAAGGAAGCUGAAAGACGGAUUUUUGCCAAAAAUAUAAGACUGAUUAGUAUUAAGAAGAUGUUUGAAGGGUUCAUAUGUAAUAUUAAAAGAAAAUUUAGUAAAAUAUCUGAUGAAAUAUCUGACGUGGAAGUGGAGAAAACUGGCUAUAAACGACGUUUAAACAUAUUCCAAAAGAAAUUCAAUAAAAUUGAUAAAAAUGCUACGUUAGAAAACAAUUAUUUUGAUGAUCCAAUUUUAAGUCCUAGGGCCCUAGGGUCAGCUGAAUGUGCGAAAACUGAAAUAGCCUGGCCUAUCAUAACAGAUAGUAAUCCUAAUAUUUUAGACAAAUUUACAAAAAUAAUUACUAUAACAGAUAAAAAACGCAAUGACAGAGAAGAAAUUAGAAAACGAUUGGCAAUGGGUGCUGAUAAUGAUGAAUAUUACAGUUUAGGACACACAGACAGACCUGGCAAGAAACCGAGUCUCCAUUCACGUCUACAAAAUGGGAAGAACCUACAAAUUUGUUUCAUGAAUGAGACAGCAUCAGAUAAUGAAUAUCAAGCUUCUGACAUAGAGAAAACCUCAAAUUGUAAUAAAAGUAUAUCCCGUUCAAGUACUUUAGACAAUAAUGGAUGCAAUCAUCCCUAUCAAACAAGACCACUAUCAGUAAACAUUUUGAAAAAUGAAAAGAGUAGUAUAGUCCAGUGUGUUCCUAAGUUGCGUCCAUCGUCUUUCACACUGAAAACAUCAAAAUCUUUUUCCACACAAUCAUUAAACCAAAUUGAUGUCAAAGAGACUGAUUUCUAUACAUUGCAAGCAAAACUACAAACUGAGGCCAGGAUAGCAUUGGCUCAAGCAAAGGAGUUGGCUCAUAUACAGAUGGAGAGAGAAAGACGGAGUCGUGCAGUUUCGCCUGUAACAGAAAUGCUUCGUCGUAGCAUGGAGAAAGCAAAUGCGCCUUUAGCUCCUGACAGGCGUCGCGUUUCACGUCAGUUACUCACCGACAUGAAUAUUGCGCAGUUGCAGGUAAUCGUAAACGAGUUACAUUCUCAAAUAGAGACUCUGAACGACACACUUGUAAAGCUAUUGAUGGCGCGUGACGAAUUACACAUGGGACAGGACUCCAUGCUUGUUGAUAUUGAGGACCUCACCCGAUAUCUAGGUGUCAAAGAACAAACCAAAAAAACAAAGGGUACUUCCACAAAAUCAGGUGUAAGGCGGCUCACAUCACUAGUCCACAAAUAA